GUCUUCCGGCAAACAACAUGUUCAAGUGCGGAGGAAUUCUCGUUGUCUUUUUGGUGGCGUCUGUAGCUGCUGAUGGGCUUCCGUCAUUCCUUGUCCCAGGAAAAUGCGCAAAUGUGAAAGUUCAGUCCGGAUUCGAUCUGCCGAAGUAUCACGGCCGUUGGUACCAGACAGAAAUCCUGGAGAACCCGUACCAGCCUUACACCAAAUGCAUCAACUCCUUCUACGAUUAUUCCGAUGCUUUCGACGGCUUCAAGGUAACUACAGCUGGCUUCAGUCCCAAGGGCGAGCACCUGAAGUUGGAGGGCAAGAUCUACCCUACCAAGGAAUUCCCUACUGCUCAUAUGUUGAUUGAUUUCCCCACAGUGUUCGCCGCUCCUUACCAAGUCAUCGAGACCGAUUAUUACACCUAUUCCUGCGUCUACUCUUGCCUUGGCUGGGGCGCUUACAAGACCGAGUUCGCCUUCGUCUUCUCCAGGAAUCCCCAGAACGGAGGACCUGCUACGACAAAGUGCGCCGAAGUCUUCAAGAGGAGUGGCAUUGAUUUCUCCAAAUUCGUCAAAGUUCCCCAUUCAGCCGAAUGUGUCUACCGAGCUUGAAUUUCACGGUAACAUGAACCUUUUCCCCAAAAUAAACAGCUGAAUUUGAAAAUGA